CCGUGCCGCUGGAAACAAGAUACGAGACGAGGAACUUGAAACAAGCAGUCCGUGCCGCGUCUCCCCCUGCCGCCGCCGCCGCCGCCGCCGCCGCCUUCUCUUCACUCCUCAGAGAAGGCUUUAGACAGCAGCUUGUUACCCGAUACAACGUCCAGGCUCAGGAGACUCGCUUCCAUUUUUUUUCCUGAGAAAAGGCAUUGCGUGUGAAAACAUUGCGUGUGGAAACCGCUCCGCCUCCCAGCGUGGGCUUCGUGGGAAAUUUUCUUUCUCUUUUUUUUCCUUCGUGGAAGGCUGCUCAGAGGUGCUGUCCUUGUUGCUGCCGCUGUAAAGGGAGUCCUUUCCCCCCUCUAACCGCCCAGUACGAGCCGUGGAUAACCAUGAGCAUCUAUGAGGAGCUGUAUAAUGUGAAUAGAUGCUACAUACCUGGACAGCCAGCUGUGACCUAUUCUGCAUGUAUUACAUAUCUGUUGGAAGAAUGCUUUUUCCUUAAAUAUCUUCUAUAUGUAGUCAUCUGUAUAGUAGUAUUGUUGUGUAUCAUUCUGGUAUUAUUUAUAAUUCCUUUAGGUAUUCUGUUUUCUAUCUACCUAUCUGCUUUAUUUGUGGUGAUCUAUCAGUGGACUCAUAAACUAAAUGGAACUUAUUGCAGUGAUACAUUGGAUGAUGUACGACUAAUUUUAUCAACAAUAUGGGAUGGAUUUGCAAGAUUUUGGCAUGGAUACGAACUACAUGGCACAGAAAAUCUACCAGAUGGACCAGGUUUAAUAAUUUAUUACCAUGGAGCAGUUCCUAUAGACUACAUGUACUUUUUAAAUAGAUUUUAUAUUCUGAAACAUCGGUCUUGUUAUUCACUAGCUGAUGACAUUCUUUUCAAAUUUCCAGGUAUUAGAACAUUAGCAGCUCUGAUGUGCGUUAUACGUAAUUCAAAGGAAGAGUGUUUAAAUAUUCUAAAAGAUGGCCAUCUACUGGGAAUUUCACCAGGAGGUGUUCGAGAAGCACUAUUUAGUGAUGGAUCCUACAAACUUUUAUGGCGUAAACGUAAGGGUUUUGCUCAACUGGCUAUAGACGCAAAAGUGCCCAUCAUUCCAAUGUAUACACAAAAUGUACGGGAAGGAUUUAGAGUCUUUGGACGAACAAAAUUAGCUAGGUGGCUAUAUGAACAUAUUAGAUUGUUUGCCCUUCCUCCAUAUGGUGGAUUUCCUGUCAAAUUCCGUACAUAUAUUGGAGAACCCAUCCCAUAUGAUCCAAAUGUAAAUGCUGUGGAAUUAGCUACAAAGACCAAGACUGCACUCCAGUCAUUAAUUAAAAAGCAUCAGCAAAUUCCUGGAGAUAUCUGGCAUGCUUUAAAGGAAAGAUUUCACAAAGAAAAGAAAUGUUAAAACAGGCUGGAUCUAAUUCUAAGUGGAUUGAGACAGCUUCCUACAAGCAACCAACAGGGAGUGUCAUGAAAGGACAACAAACUGUUAAUUGUUUAAUUCAGUGGUUCCCAAUUGGUGGUCUGCGGACCCCAGGGGGUCCACAUAACCCACCCAGGGGGUCUGUGGCACCAUUCACAUAUUCACCAUUCAUUUCUGGAGUCCACUGACAACGAAUUCCUACCAGAAGUAAAAUAUACCAUCACUGAGCACCUGCGUGAUCUAGCGACUAGCUCCAGAGAUUACUUCCCUGUAUUUAAUCCCGAAAACUCAUGGAUAAGGAAUACUUUUGAAUGUGGUGAUGUACAACUAACAACACUAUCUGCGGAAGAGCAAGAUGCACUUGUUGACAUGACUUGUGAAGGUUCAUUGAAAUCAUUUUUCAAAGAAUAUAGACUGGACCAAUUCUGGGUGAAGGUUUUUCCUGAUUAUAAGAAGUUAGGUGAACAAGCUUUGAAACAUCUAGUUCCCUUUUGUUCCACAUAUUUUUGUGAACAAACAUUUUCGACAUUUUGUUAUAUGAAGAACAAGCAUAGAAAUCGGCUCGAUGUUGAUCCAGAUUUGAGAUUAAAAGUAGGAAAUAUUGAA